AUGGGGAGAGGAAAAUUUGAGAUAAAGAGGAUCGAAAACUCGAGCAACAGACAGGUGACAUAUUCAAAAAGAAGAAAUGGAAUGAUCAAAAAAGCUAAAGAAGUUACAGUUUUGUGUGAUGCUAAGGUUUCUCUUGUAAUCUUUGGAAGUUCUGGAAAGAUGCAUGAAUACUGCAGUCCCUCUACUACGUUGAUUGAGAUGUUAGAUAAUUACCAAAGGUCGACUGGGAAGCAGCUGUGGGAUGCUACGCAUGAGAUGGAGUAUGUCAAGAUGCAAAGGAAAAAUGAGAAAAAGCUGGAGGAGGAGAACAAUCAGCUUCAGUAUGAACUGCAACAAAGUAUAGCAGCAGUGGAUGGCAAUGUGAGAGAGAUGAAUGAUUUGUACAAUCAAAUGCCUUUAGCAUUUCGUCUGCAGCCUAUUAAACCAAAUCUCCACGAAAGAAUUUAG